CUGGCCGGAGGCUGCGUUGUGGUCUGCGGCAGGCGGGCAGCGGGUCGCGGUGGCCGGCUCUCUGGCGCUCUAGACCAAGCCAGGCCACCGUCCUUUGAUCAUGGGCUCCUGGCCGUGCGGGGCGCUGAGCCUGCUGCUCCUGCUGCUGGCGCCGCCCGGCCGUCCCGCCGCGGGCUGCCCCGCGCCAUGCAGCUGCGCGGGGACCCUCGUGGACUGCGGGCGCCGCGGGCUGACACGGGCCUCGAUGCCCGUCGUCUUCCCGCCAGACACCACCGAACUGGUGCUGACCGGCAACAACCUGACGGCGCUGCCGCCGGGGUUGCUAGAUGCACUACCCGCUCUGCGCAAGGCGCACCUGGGCGCCAACCCCUGGCGCUGCGAUUGCCGCCUGUUGCCGCUGCGCGCCUGGCUGGCGGGGCGCCCCGAGCGCGCGCCCUACCGCGACCUGCGCUGUGCGGCACCCUCAAGUCUCAGAGGCCGAGUGCUGCCCUACUUGACCGAGGAGGAGCUGCGUGGCGCCUGCGGGCCUGGCCCGAUAUGCUGGGGGGCGCUGGCGGUGCAGCUGGUGCUGCUGGGCCUCGGGCUGUUGCACGCGUUGCUGCUGGCGCUGCUGCUGUGUCGCCUGCGGAGGCUGCGCCGGCAUGCCCACGCCCGCGCCUGGGAGACGUCCCGGUUAUUGCUGACCACCCCGCUGGCGGCCGAGCCCGCUGGAACUGGCACGUCCGAUGAGAACACAGACGGGCACUGAGCCAUCGAGGCCUGCAAAUUCGACAGGAUCCUACCCUAGGAUCCUCGCCCAAACCUGGAUCCACUUUUCCCUCUGCCCUUGCCCAUUCCCCUAGACCCUCCAGGCCCCGCAGGCUCAGAUCUGCUCCACGCGACUGGAGCCCAGCCUGUGCCCUCCACCCUUAGGGAAGUGGAGGAGCCGAAGGGCGGCUGCCCUCUGCUGAGUUCCCCAGACCCAAACUCCAGGCUGAAUAAACCAUU